AUGACCUCGCCCGUUACAGUCCGUUCCAUCCUUUGCGAAGGGCCAUGGGUCUGGAAUGACGGCGCAAGUGAAGUCACCUUUCACGAGAAUGGAACAGGCAAGCUGUUCUGUUCUACCGAGUACACCUGUUGGAUUUUUGCCGACAUUGACUGGAAGCCGCACAAUCCUGCGUGUCUCGAUCAGGUCAUCGAUCUCGGUAACAAUAGGCAGCAGCCGACGAUCCUCGAAAAACUUACUAUCGAGAUGACCCUCACGAAGCGUCGACCACCCGAUAUUUGGUGGAAGGGCAAAGUCAAUGAGGAUUGGCUAAAUGAAGAGGCGUUUCGCGCAAAGACAUAUCGUAUAUCGCUGGAGCACGGGCGCUUUAGGAACCAAUUCGACGUUAAGCAUAACAUUUUGGAUGGCUCACUAUAUGCGCUGCGCAUAGUUUUUGACCCCUCGCCGUUUCCGCCGGACGAGGAGUGGAAUGACGAAAGUUACGGACCCCAUGCGAUGAGACUCUGGGAGUGUACAGAAUUUAACGCUAGAAGAUAUCUCAACGAAAGACUGAACCUAUGGGAAAAACUGAUGGCUUGGUGCAAUGAUUGGAUGAGGUGA